AUGCACCUCUCCAACGCUGCUCGUCUGAGUCACGGGGCGCGGCAAAGACUCAUACCAACAUCUCCUUCUUUAUUAUUUCCUUCCCCUUCUGGCUGGAGUUGUGGUCGACUGUAUUCUUCUUUUCCUUCUUCUUCUUCCUCUUCCUUUUCGUCGUCCUCACAUUCCUCUUCUCCAUUGUCCACCCGCACCGCUCGCCGCACCACGACGACCCCACCUGCCGCUCCCAAUUCGCUCCUCCUCCGCCCUCACUCUUCCUCCACACCCUCUCACUCCACCACCACCCACAACACCAUGGCUCUUCAGGACGAAAAGCACGAAUGGAGUGCCAAAAAGGUUCGAGAUACCUUUCUCGAAUACUUCAAUCAGAAAAAUGGCCACACCUUUGUCCCUUCCUCCUCCGUGGUUCCCCUCUCCGAUCCCACCCUCCUCUUCACCAAUGCUGGCAUGAACCAGUACAAGUCCAUCUUCCUCGGCACCGUUGACCCCGCCUCCGAUUUUGCUCAACUCAAGCGCGCCUCCAACUCGCAAAAGUGCAUUCGCGCAGGCGGCAAGCACAACGAUCUCGACGAUGUCGGCAAGGACAGCUACCACCACACCUUUUUCGAAAUGCUGGGCAAUUGGAGUUUUGGCGACUACUUCAAGAAGGAGACCAUCCACUUCAGCUGGGAGCUGUUGACCAAGGUCUAUGGCAUAGAUCCCAGGAGGCUGUAUGUCACAUACUUUGAGGGAAACGAUGACCUGGAACCCGAUCUUGAGGCCAAGGAGCUGUGGAAGAGCAUCGGAGUACCCGAAGACCACAUUCUGCCCGGAGAUAUGAAGGACAAUUUCUGGGAGAUGGGCGACCAAGGCCCAUGCGGACCUUGCUCCGAGCUACAUUACGAUCUGAGGGAGCCUGAGAACGGCGUAUACAGGAACGCUGCCUCGCUGGUCAACGCCGACGACCCUGAAGUUAUUGAAAUCUGGAACAAUGUGUUUAUGCAGUACAACCGUGAAAAGGACAGGUCGUUGCGACCUCUGCCCAACAAACACAUCGAUACCGGCAUGGGAUACGAGCGACUCGUCUGUGUUUUGCAAGGCAAGAAGUCGAAUUACGAUACCGAUGUCUUCACACCGUUGUUCAAGAGGAUCCAGGAGAUCACCGGCGCGCGGGAUUACCGAGGCAAAUUUGGUGCAGAAGACCCCGAUGGAAUCGAUACCGCAUACCGCGUCGUCGCUGAUCACGUCCGCUUACUGACAUUUGCCAUUGCCGACGGCGGUGUACCCAACAAUGCUGGCCGAGGCUACGUUGUGCGUCGCGUCUUGCGACGAGGCGCUCGUUACGCGAGAAAGUACUUCGAGGUCGAGAUCGGCAACUUCUUCUCCAAGAUUGUGCCCACCCUGGUCGAACAAAUGGGCGAAAUGUUCCCUGAGAUCCGGAAGAAGGAAUCCGAUAUCAAGGAGAUUCUCGACGAAGAGGAAAAGAGUUUUGCCAAAUCCUUGGAUCGCGGUGAAGCCAUGUUCGAAAAGUAUGCGCAAAAGUCCAAGGCCAAGGGCUCCAACGACCUCCCCGGAGACGAUGUAUGGCGUUUGUACGAUACGUACGGUUUCCCCGUCGAUUUGACAAAGAUCAUGGCUGAGGAGCGUGGGCUCAACAUCAACGACAAAGACGUCGAGGAUGCGCAGAACAAGGCUCGCGAGGCCAGCAAGGGCGAAAAGAAGGCUGGAGCCACACUGGUCAAAUUGGACGUACAUGACCUCGGCGCGCUGGAGAACAUGAAUGAUGUUCCCAAGACGGACGAUUCCGCCAAAUACGGCCGGGAGAACAUCACUUCAACCAUCAAGGCUAUCUACCACGACAAGAAUUUCCUCACCAGCACCAAAGAAGUGCCCGAAGGCGAGCAGUUUGGUGUCCUUUUGGACAAGACCAACUUUUACGCCGAGCAGGGUGGACAAGAAUACGACACCGGAAGGCUACUUGUGGACGGCGAGGCAGAGAUUAGCAUUGAGAAUGUGCAGGUAUAUGCUGGUUAUGUGCUUCACACUGGCUACAUCAAGUACGGUGAACUGAGCGUAGGAAGCGAGGUCAUUGCUGAAUACGACGAACUUCGCCGCCAUCCCAUCCGCAACAACCACACCGGAACGCACGUUCUCAACUACGCACUCAAAGAAGUGCUCGGCAACGACAUCGACCAAAAAGGUUCCUUGGUUGCACCCGAGAAACUGCGCUUCGACUUUUCACACAAGGCUGGCGUUACCGAGGCAGAGCUCACCAAGAUUGAAAAGAUUUGCACAGAUUACAUUCGUCAGAACUCGGAGGUUUUCGCAAAGGAUGUACCCCUUGCCACUGCGCGUGAGAUCCGCGGCCUACGUGCUGUAUUCGGAGAGACGUACCCAGAUCCCGUUCGCGUGGUCUCGGUGGGUGUGCCCGUCGAAGACUUGAUGGCGGAUGUCAAGAACGAGAACUGGGAGAAGGUUUCGAUUGAGUUCUGUGGCGGUACGCAUGUCAAGCAAACUGGCGAGAUCAAGGAGCUUGUCAUUCUCGAGGAAUCUGGCAUUGCCAAGGGAAUUCGCCGUAUCAUUGCCGUAACCGGACAAGAGGCGUACGACGUGCAGCGUGUUGCCUCCGAGUUCGAAGAGCGUAUCGCACCCCUCGAGAACCUCAAGUUUUCCCCGGAGAAAGAAGCCGAAACCAAGAAAUUGCAGGUCGAGCUCGGUCAGCUUACCAUCUCUGCCAUCACAAAAGCCCGACUUCGCGAUCGCGUUGCGAAGGUCCAGAAGAGCAUCCUGGACGAGCAGAAGGCGUUUGCGAAGGCAGAUAACAAGAGGGUGUUGGAUAGUGUGACUAACUACUUCAAGAGCAACGAGGAGGCUAAAUUCCUGGUGCAGAAGGUGGAUUGGUCGAGCAAUGUCAGCAAGGCAAUCAGCGAGGCCAUCAAGACGAUCAGCGGACCAAAGAGCGCUAUCAAAGACAAGAGCGUCUAUCUCUUCUCUGCAAGCCCCGAAGAGGGCAGGGUCGCGCAUGGCUGCUACGUGUCUGAGCAAUUCAAGAGCCAGGGUGCAGAUGGUCCCAAGUGGGCUUCUGCCGUGACUCCUGCUGUCGGAGGCAAGACCGGUGGAAAGCCCGGAGCGCCCACUGCGAUCGGCAAUGGUACCAAUCCAGACAAGGUUGAGGAAGGUGUCGAGGAGGCUCGGAAAUGGAUCGAGAACUUCAAGAUAUGA